AUGGCAGACGUGCUUCAGGUGUCACCUCAAGAUGCAGCAUCCAGCUCCUCGGGGGUAGAAAUAAGAUCCCCGUCGAGUCCCUUGCUCAGACUACAAACCCAACGGGGCACCAUGGACCGGAUCCCGGAAUACCCAAGUGACACCCGAACGGAACUUGAACCUCUGUAUUGUGCUAGCCCUAGUGCUGAACGACUGUCGUCCUCAAUUACUGCUUCUGGGCAUUCGGUGCAUUCACAGCUAGGACAGAUCACUAAUUCCCCUCGUUUCCCUGCGUCUGUUCGGGGCAUUGUCCUUCUAUCGGUGCAUGAGCUUCCCGAUAAAUAUCGCGCCAUAUUCCCUUUUCCGGUCUUCAACGCAAUCCAGUCCAAGUGUUUCCAAUCCGUUUACAGGAGUGACCACAACAUCGUCCUUUCAGCCCCCACAGGGAGCGGGAAGACCGUGAUUAUGGAGCUAGCGAUAUGCCGAUUGAUGAUUACAUCCAAGGACGAAAGGUUCAAAGUGAUCUACCAAGCGCCCACCAAGUCUCUAUGCUCGGAGAGAUUCCGAGACUGGCAUGGAAAGUUCCUUACCUUGGGGCUGCAGUGUGCUGAGCUGACCGGCGACACCGAUCACACGCAGCUGAAGAGCGUGCAAAACAGCCAGAUCAUCAUCACCACCCCCGAAAAGUGGGACAGCGUGACCCGGAAGUGGAAAGAUCAUGCACGGUUGAUGCAGCUGGUCAAGCUGUUCCUCAUCGACGAGGUUCACAUUCUCAAAGAAGCCCGAGGAGCCACACUCGAGGCCGUCGUUUCCCGUAUGAAGACCAAUGGUUCGAAUGUACGGUUCGUUGCCCUGAGUGCAACAGUGCCGAACUCUGAGGACAUUGCGACUUGGCUUGGUCGCGACGCGACAAAUCAGCACCUGCCAGCGCAUAGAGAACACUUCGAUGAGAGCUUUCGUCCCGUCAAGCUGCAAAAGUUCGUCUAUGGUUAUCGAUCGCAGGGAAAUGACUUCGCUUUUGACAAGAUGUGCAACACCAAACUGCCUGAUCUGAUCAAGGCGCAUUCUUGUAAGAAGCCCAUAAUUGUUUUCUGCUGUACCAGAAACUCUGCCGUCUCGACAGCGAAAGAGCUUGCUCGGCUGUGGUCAAUGUCCAACCCUCCUGCCCGACUAUGGAAAGGAGCAAGCAGGCCUCUGGAGGCCCACAAUGAAGACUUGAAGGGUAUAUUGACCGCUGGUGUCGCCUUUCACCAUGCUGGUCUUGAUGCCGUUGACCGACGCACAGUUGAAACAGGGUUUCUUCAAGGGCAUAUCGGCAUUAUAUGCUGCACGUCCACCCUCGCAGUCGGCGUCAAUCUUCCGUGCCAUCUCGUGGUCAUCAAAGGCACCGUGGGCUGGCAAGGGGGUGGCUGUCAGGAGUAUUCCGAUCUGGAGAUCAUGCAGAUGCUCGGCCGUGCGGGUCGACCACAGUUUGACAACAGUGCCACAGCGGUGAUCAUGACCAGAAAGGAACGCGAGUCUCACUACGAGAAGCUUGUCUCGGGAUCUGAGAGCCUUGAGAGCUGUCUGCAUCUGAAUCUGAUUGAUCACCUUAACGCAGAGAUCGGGUUAGGUAAUGUGACUGACAGUAAUUCCGCCAUCAGGUGGCUGGGGGGGACAUUUCUGUUCGUGAGACUCAGAAGAAAUCCAGCACACUACCAGUUGAAAGAUACUGCAGAUGAAGAUGGGGAAGAUGAGAUGCUUCGGCAGAUCUGUGAGAAGGACAUUACACUUCUCCAAGAGUAUGGGUUGGUCACAGUUGAUGGACUCUUAUCAACCAGUUUCGGGGAAGCAAUGGCUCGCUAUUACGUGCGGUUCGAAACAAUGAAGCAUUUGCUCACAUUGCAGCCCCAGUCUACUGUGUCACAGAUACUAUCCGUCGUCGCUCAAGCGGACGAAUUUCUGGACAUUCGUCUCAAAGCCGGAGAGAAGUCUCUCUACAAGGAAAUCAACCGCUCGAAUGGCAUACGCUUCCCCAUCAAGGUCGACAUAGCGCUUUCAGCCCACAAAAUUUCGCUUUUGAUCCAGUCCGAACUGGGUGCGGUGGACUUCCCGGACGGCGAACAGUUCCAGAAAUUAAGAUUUGUCUUUCAACAGGACAAGAAUUUCGUCUUCAGCCACAUAAACAGAUUGAUUCGGUGCAUCAUAGACUGUCAGAUCUCCCUUGAGGACGCGGUGACCUUGCGAAACGCCCUGGAGCUGGCAAGGAGUUUUGGGGCCAAGGUCUGGGAUACCUCUCCGCUACAACUGAAGCAGCUUGAGCAGAUUGGGAUCGUGGCGGUCAGGAAACUGGCCGCAGCUAAUAUCACAAGUAUUGAGGCGCUGGGACAGUGCGAACCGCAUCGCAUUGACAUGAUCUUGAGCAAAAACCCUCCCUUUGGCGCGAAGUUGCUGGAGCGGGUUGCGAGCUUCCCUAGACUCCGAGUAGCUAUCAAGAUGACCGGCAAGAAGGAAAGCAAACCGGCAGCGCCGGUGAGAAUUUGUCUCAAGGCAGAGAUCGCGUUCAUGAACGACAAGUGCCCUUCCUUUUAUCUGAAACGUCCCGUUUAUGUUUGCUUCUUGGCUGAGGUAUCAGACGGUCGUCUCCUGGAGUUUCGACGCAUCAGUGCGAGUAAGAUGUCGAACGGCCAGGAGAUCUUGCUCAGUGCGGAAUUAAAGGACAGGGACCAAUUCGUGUCAUGUAGUGUUUCGUGUGACGACAUAGCUGGGACACUGAGAUCCGCGGUGCUGAGGCCCGAGCUUCCAUCGACACUAUUCUUUUCUCGUCCGAACCCAAGGCCCGAGGCUGCUGCGGCGAAGCCUCUUAUCAAUGCCUCGAGCUGUAAUAGCAAUGAUGAUUCUCAGAGGAAGCGACCCACUUCACAAAGUGUUAUCACUUUGGAUAGCGACGAGUCAUUGUUCGACGGGUUUCUGCAGGAAGGUAGGCUCGGCGACGACAAUUGGUCCUUGAGCACAUUGCCAGCGCCCCUAGAAAGCAAAACACAAAAGAAUGGCUCGGGUGAGAGCAAGGGCUUUGACAGCAAGGCCAAGACCAGCGACGUUGAAGAACCAACACCAAUGGAGAAUGGCAGGUGGGCAUGUAACCACCGCUGCAAAGAUAAGACUGUGUGCAAGCACUUCUGUUGUCGAGAUGGGCUUGACAAGCCCCCAAAGGCGAGUAAGAAACAGCCAUGCCUUGGGGCCGAAAAGUCGAAGGGGCUCAACCAAACAACCCUAGCAGCAUCGAUGGCCAGAAAGAAUGGGAAUACGGCUGGCGCCCAGCUGUGUGGUUUGAGGCAGAAAGGUCCAGAUCAUGCUUCAGAGAAUGAACCAGCGGAACCUUGGUCCACCGGAAGACCCAACGAAGAUGUGUCUCCUAGCUUGCAUGAAGACAACAUCUUGAGAGAGGCUAGCGAUGGUACCUUCAGCAAUUUCCCUUCACCUACCGCUUUGUUGCUUGGGAAUCAGACAAAUGAGAGGAACGACAAUGGUGGGCCUUGCAAGAAAGUCGAGAUGGACGAAGACACAUUAGACCUGGAUGACGAUUGGUCUGAUAAUGAUGUGUGGCUUGCUGUUCAGUCACCGCUUGAGAUCCCUUCUUCCACGGAGAAGACUAAGGUACAGCACACUUUGCCGUCGUCUGAAGAGCGUGUUGACGAUUCAUCCAAUGGCCAAUCUAAACAGAGGUAG